GACGGAGAAACAUACUCAGCCUGAGAUCGCAGAGGUCAAAACCGCCAUUUCCGACCUUUUUUUGAAGGGGGAAAAAAAUUGAGAGAUAUUGGGAAACUCGCAACUUCCCGAAUUCGAGCAUGCUUUUUGACACGAUUAUGAAUUCCGUUUUCCUGUAACCGGACAAACUGUGGCGUCAUUCCCUUCCUGACGAUCUCGCCUUAUCGGCUUGCCGGUUGGCCGUUGGUUUUCCCAAGGACGGCCCCACAACGCUGAUAUUAAUGUCUGAUUGGAUAAUGUAACUGUCAGUCAGCUGGAGGGACGUGUUGCGCUGUUGAUAGCUACGACAAAAAAUGUUUUACCAGAAGUUUGUGGCAGGAAUGAAGAAAAAGAGUUAAAGAGUCUUCGUACGCAAAACGGGAAUAACAACUAUCUGAAUUGUAUUUGCAGAUUUGCAACAGACCUCAAGGCUGGAUUUGUGGAGUUCGAUCUUCACUUUUUUUCCCUAAACUCAAUUCACAACAACUUCUUCUUUUACCCGGAGAAGAAAAGCACCUGGACAUAACACCACCUAGAUACAGGAUCGAAGUACUCCUCGUUGAGAGGAAAGAAAACAUGGAAGCAAUUCUAACAGUAUUCGUAGUAGUCAUUUUAGGAUCACAGAUACAAGCAGGCCCUGUGGCAACCAGUGAAUGUAAAGUUGGAAAGAUUGGAGAAAACCAUCCCAUCACCAUCUCGCACCUUAAGCAACUCCCUCUGUUACAAAGCUGUAUGUCCAGUGGCAGGUCUACAGCUAACGAAAUUGUUUAUACUAUCAACUUAAUUCUACCUCCUACCACAAAACUCCUUCAGAUUUCUUUGCACGUGCAGCCGAUUAGUGUCAACAAGACGUUGGUUCUUGUUUUGAACAGCAGCAAUGAUUUAGUUUGGAAUGUGAGUGCUAUCAAGAUGCCACUUAAAGUCUAUCAUUCCACAAAAUCCUAUGUGAUACCCCAGGAAACAAGGAAACUUUCAAGUCUGGAACAAUUGAAGCUAGUUGAGGAAAACUGCAGUUCAGUCAUUAGCUUAGUUAAGUUUGAAGAAGCUGGUGGAAUAACAAUAGAACUGAAAGAAGGUGAAAUGUUUCCAAAUAAGUGUGAACAAAUGCCUUGUAUCAGUGCUGAAAAUUAUCUGGAUCGCAAACCUCGUCAGGAAGACUUGGUGGGUUGUGUGACAUCUGACCAACAUGUCGUUCCUCAAAUCCAUAUCAUAAACCUAAUACCGAUACCCAAUUAUUUCAGGAGCUCGGAAGAUAAGAGUGUUAACUUGAAUGUUGAAUUUACACAUGGAAAUAAUUGCCCAACUGUCUACCUGGUUAUACAGAGCAAUAAGCCUAUAAACCUGAACAUCAGCGGUGAAGUUCCUUCUUCAUUACAACUUAAGCUAUCCCACAGAAUUCAUGCAACUUGGCCAGGAUUGAAAUCAUCAGUUGUAUCUAAUCUUCCAAAAGCUUCAGAACAAUUGGUGGAGUGGGCAAUUGAAAAUGAACGUGGUGCUACAUCAUUGACAGAGAUUCCAUUGUUUGAUGAGAUCAGACUUAAAUGUAAUCUUCGUGCAAAUGAUGUCCAUACGUCUGUGCUGCAAUCGGAGUCUCUAGACAACUAUGUUAAAUCUGUUCACUGUGGAGAAUCAGAGAUGGAAAUCAUUGUUAGCAAAGAUGGGAAGAAGCCAAUUCAGGAAAUAACACUACUGGAUGAUAAUUGCAAAGGAAACAGUAAUGAAACACAUUUCUACUUGAAGUACAUCCCUUACACAGAAUGUAACACUACUGAAAGCGGAGGCAACUACAUAAACAAGCUAAAGGUGAAGUUGUACAAUGGAACUGAAAUCGUACAUGAUGUGCAUUGCCCACGAGUACAAGAAGUUUGUGAUCUUGUUACACAUAACAUGAUUGGCGAUGAAUCAUAUAUCAGAAUUUUUGGGCAUUGUGACUUUAAAAAGCCAUUCUCAAGGAUUUACAACAACACAAAUGUCAACGGAGAGAUUUUACUCCCUUCACUUGGACAAAAUCAGAAUGCAUUUGGAAUUGACAUGAAGCUUCAAAACUGUUCUCUCAUCCCAAGAUUUGCAGUCAAUUCAGUCAAUAAAAGUGUCCUUCUUCCCAAAAUCUCCGUGACUGUUAUACAUGCAAAAUCACACAAAACCAAGUGUACUAAUGAAGUCAUAAACCACUACCCAUUCUGGUUUCUUUUCCAUAAUUCAUGGAGCCCAGUUGUUGAGGAAGCAGUCUUGGAAUGUUCUGAAGCAGCAUGUACUUCUGGGUCUUGCUUUGAUAUGAGAAGGAUAAAUAAAACGUUGAAAAUUGACAACCAUAGCCCUCCGCAUCCUAUUUGUCCCACAUUCCCAGACCCCUCCAGUCAGGAGGAACCAGCUCCCACAAGUCACAGACCAGAUGGCCCAGACCUCACAAGUCACAGGCCAGAUCCUCCUGUGUUCCAGGGAUUGGGAAUGUCAGCUGCAUUAGGAAUUGCAUUUGGUGCAUUUGUCAUUGGAGCAUUACUGAUUGCAGCUCUGUGGUAUAUCUAUUCACACACUCGUCCUUCUGAAAAGAAGCAGCCUGUUUUCACUAAUCCACCUACAUCUGAGAACAGCAGCACCAAUCACAGCAUUAGUAGCACCCAAAGUACCCCAUGUUCUACAAGCAGCGUUGCAUAGCCAUCAUCUACAAUGAUUUCACAAUACUGACUAGUUAAAAUAUGUUGUUAUAUGACAACUGCCUUUUUUUUUGCAAAAUUCUGAGUAACCUAUGGUGAAUACAACGGUAAAACAUCUUUGAAAGUGAUUUAACAGCUGCAAAGAAAACCCAUUUUCAAAAAGAGAAAUGACUUGUGGCAUUACAGUUCACCAACUGCAACUCCAGUAGCAGAUCUGCCUAAUAGGUGCCAGGCAUCUAGAGAAUAACAUUGUCAGACAGUGACUACAAUGCAGGUGAUGCCUUAAACAACAAGGGUAAAAGUCUGAUUUCUCACUAUUGUUUGAAGAUAAGGCUAGAAUUAGCCAUGAAUAUUCAGGUAUUUGUGUAUUUUUAAUAUUUAAGUACUGGUUUAAUAUUUUAUGCAAGGGUUUAAUAACUUUUUUCACUUUCUCUCAUGAGAGAUUAUUGAUGGUAAUGUAAGCUAUACGGGUGUGCUUUGUCAUCAGUGGGUGACAGUAUUCACUCCUAUGUGGAAUGCAGCCAUAACCAGCCAAAACAAGAAAUUGAGCAAUUAUGACUUAAAGGGUGAUUCCACAAUCCUGUCGAAUUGUGCCCAAUAGACUUUGAUAGGACUUCACUUGAGAGAACUGAAGCUGCUGUUUUUGUGGCUUACGUCUUUGUCCCAUGCCCAUUUCAGUACAAUUGCCCACGAGGAGAAUAAAAUCACAAUUUUUAUCAAGAUAUCAACUGAAUUUAACUAAUGGAAAAUUUUGCACCCUGCACACAAAUUGCAGUGUCACUGGUGGUAACAUUCUUUUUUAAAAAGGGAAAAUUGAAGAUCGUGAUGAACUAAGUAACAAUUAGAAAAAAGCUGACUUAUUAAAGUAUGUUACAGGGAACCAAGAAAAGGUAAACCACUUCUACAGAUUUUUACAUUGUGCCUUUUCUGUAAAAGCAAAUCAUGAAUACAGUUUGACUACAGAAUUAUUAAACGUACACUGCCAGGAAUCCUACUGAAUGUCCUAGAAUCAUCAUUUUGAGUCCCCAUAAGCCACAAAACAAACUCCCAAGUGAGUACUGUAUCUAUGUGGCCUUUAGAGAUGAUUAUUAAAGAGAUUACAGUUCUAAGUGCUGUGUUUACCAGAAUUUAAACUCCUACCCAACAGCUGUUUGAGUCAGUUCACUGCUGGCCAAUGAAAGGGAAAGUCCAUGUCUAAUGACACAGUUGGCUUUCAGUUGAAUUGUACCUCAACCUAAUUUCCAACCAUUACGAUUAUCGAUAUCAAUUGGAAAGGACACUGUACCAGUCCAUUUUAUUUGUAAACUUAUUAUGUAAGGAUAUGUUGUGUUAAAGUUACUGUAGAAAUGCAUGUUUUUCAUGUUUGGCCAUAGAGUAGAAAAUAAAAAUUAAAGUAAAAUGAUAUGACAAGGUGUAGAGCUGGAUGAACACAGCAGGCCAAGCAGCAUCAGAGGAGCAGGAAAGCUGCGUUUCGGGUCUGGGCCCUUCUUCAGAAAUGCACUCUACUAAAUGCACUUUUCUGAAGAAGAGUCCAGACCCGAAACGUCAGCUUUCCUGCUCCUCUGAUGGUCAUUGGCCUGCUGUGUUCAUCCAACUCUACACCUUGUUAUCUCAGAUUAUCCAGCAUCGGCAGUUCCUACUAUCUCUUAAAGUAAAAUGAUUGUUUUUAGAAAGAAAGGGAUUUUCUUGUUGAAAAAUUAAUGAAGGGAAAAUCAAGACCCAUUCACCCAUCCUCUGCAAUCUCUCCCAGCCCUACAACUGUAUCAAAAUUGUAUAUUUGCCCACCUUUGAUACUUUCUGGACUCACUCUUCCUCACCAUUGCAGGAAUUUAUUUUUUCUGGUCAGGCUCAACCCUAUAUAGUGCUGUCCUUUAAAUCUGUCCCUCACUGUCUCCUCCUCUUAAGGCAAGUAUUAAAGACUACUUUGCACUUUCUUCCAGCACCACCUCCUUUGUCUCUUUGUCAAUUUUUGUUUGAUUUGUGUUCUUAUGAAUGCUUUGAUACAUUGUAUUAAACUAAAAAUUUUAUACAAAUGUGUGAUGUAGAGGAACUGUGACCAAGCUGAAGUAGCAUCCACUAGAACCUUCAUAGUAGUGUGAAUUAAAACUAGAAUAAAUAUGACUUCGGAUUCAUCCUGUUAGUUCGAGGGGAUUUUGUAGGAAAUAUGUUGAGAAAUUGUUACCAUUUAAGGGCACUCUGACCAUCAUAUUCCAAAGUAGAGUGCAUAAGAUCCCUACAUAUAUCACCAUGUGCAUAAAAGGACUGCUUCAAUGCUGCCUGGAAUAGUCAUAGUCAGUAUUGCAAUGCCAGUCCCAUUUGCUGAUGUUGGGGGAUAGACUGUGCUUAACAAUAAUAGUCUUUCGUUUUCUCUUACUGAUCUGACACCAUCUCCACUAGUGGACUUUUCCUGAGUUGUAGCAGUCAAAAUUCCCAUCUGACCGUAUUCUGCUUCCUCACCUUUUGUUCACAAUGUAUCAUGAACAACGUGCGGGAACAAUAUUCAGAUGAGCUAACUUUGUUUUAUCAGGCCUCACCAUAUCCCACAAUGUUAUAAGAACACAAAUGAAAAUAUUAAAUGAGAUGAACUGUAAAUCCCAAUAAUUAACUUUGCCUCAUUUGAGAGAGUAAUUGAGUCCUGUAACAGAUCUGGAUAUUUCUGAUGUUGUAUAAUCUUGUUCACAUUACUUACUAAAUUGAAAUAGUGUUAAAAUGAAAUGAACAUUUAGAGGCUAAGUAUUUCUCCAGCUAUUCCUUUACAGCUGUGUUUUAAGACAAUUGAGUUAAAUUAUUUUGUUGUCUUGCCUUUUGGAUUAAUUUUUAAGAUGCACAAAACCAUGUACACAAGAAAAUAUGCAAACAGCCAUUUUGAAUCAUUCAGUUAUAAUGUACAGUUUAACUACCAGAGAUUUGAGUUGUAUUGACACUUCAAAUUGAAAGGACUUUAUUUUAACGUUCUUUAGCACCUAAUGGUGAUCACUGUGAACUGACAUUGAGAUUAAUGCACUAUUAAUACGUCAUACCAUAUUAACAAACAACCAACAAAGUCAGAGCUUUCAGUAUUGUUCAAAAGAGGAAAGCUAGAAAACAAUUUACAAGGCUUGAAGGAAUAGACUAAAUCGAGUGGCAAUCGGAUCUCUUGAGUUUAGGAGUUAAAAUGUAUAAAUUGUAAGGGGAAGGAAAGAGAUUUUGGAUACAGAAUUUGUACAAAUGUACCAUUAUGGUCCAACAUUGGAAAUAGUAUAUAAUUCAAUUUACAAAUGAAAUAGAAUUAUGUUAGUGAAGAUACAGUAAUAAACUGGCUAGGAAAGGUAUAAAUCAGGAUUUAAAAAGGGUAUAUUAUCAAACAAAGUUUCUGUAAGUACACUAAUCAGAACAUCAUGAGAAGGACCAGUUUCAUUUAUGAAUUCUGAUUUAACAUUGGCUUUUUUGGGUCAAAGGGAAAUGGACCUUUUAUGAUCUUAUUAAAUGACCUGUGACUCUUCUGUUCAUUAUUUAGAUUGUUCACCUCAGAAAUUCAUUUUUAUUCAUGAAUUUAAGUAUUGAAGUAAGAACUAUGUUUGUUUUCUGUACAUUUUAUACUGAGUUUUUGUUUUGAUAAAGUUGCUUAAUCUUUACUAUGUUUGUGAGAACAAAAAGGCUGAUUUUUUUAAAACUCUCAUUCAUCCUUAUAUGUUCAGAAUUCCAACUGAAAAUUUCAUCUACCCCUAUCCCCCUUUGAGACAUUAGUUGUGUUCUUUUAUGUUGAUUACUAGUGGUAUUAGUUUUUGCCACUAUAACCGACCCUUCUAAUCGGCUGUGUUUUAUGGUGCCAGUAGGUUCGUUCUGUAUAUUUCCAGUUUUGGAACAAGUAUAUUUAAGUCCUCUUUUAAAAGGAAGAGAACUGUAUGAUUCAAGAAUCUUUUUAAAACAAAAAGAUAAUAGCUUGCGUAGAAAUUCAUCUCACUAAUGUAUUAUAAAUCAUAACUAUCAAUAUGCUUUGAGUAACCUGUUAUCUUUUUAAAUCAUGUCUGGUUCCCAAAUACUCUACAGUUUUAUUUGUCUUAAGUCAGUUUUACAGCAUGGAAAAAAAGCCCUUGAACCACUGUGUCCAUGCUGGUCUUCUCUUUAAUCCCAUUUCCCAGCAUUUAGCCGAUAGCUUUGUAUGCUAUGGCAUUUCAGUUGUUCGACUAAAUAUUAACAUGUGAAGGUUCUCACUUCUGCCACCCUUUCAGGCAGUGGGUUCCAGAUACCAACCACCCUCUAGGUGGGGGUUUCUUCAAAAUGCCUCUAAAUCUCUUCCCCUUACUUUAAAUCUAUGUCCGUUGGUCGUUGACCCCCUCUACUAAGUAGAAAUGUUUAUUUCUUUCUAUCUUAUCUAUGCCUUUCAUAAUUUUGUACACCUUAAUCCAGUCUCAUUUCAGCCUUUGCUGCUCUAAGGAGAACAACCGCAGCCUACCUAGUCUCUUUCUUUAAAAAAAAGCUAGAACUCUUAACUUUCUUUUGAUGCAGUUUACAUUGGAGAAAAACAACUUGCCUAUUAGCUCUCCACUUUGUGUUGAUGUUACUUUCAUCAGCCUUUCUUAGAUACUAGCAAGCUUCCUUCAGGGUUAUCUGCUGUUCAGACUGGCUUGAUCUCUCAAUCUUACUUUGUUGUUUAUUGAUUUAAAAAUGUUGUUAUUCAUGUUACUUGAACUUCAUCAUUCUUCAAUAUUCCUACAAAAUUUUAUAAUGUACUAACAUGUUAUAAGUUUCUACUUUUCCUUUUAAGUGACUGAUUGUGAAACCUACUUUACAUAGAAUUUACAACACAGAAUUAGGCCAGUUAGCGGGCCUGGCCUUUGCUGACAUUUUAUGCUCCACACACACCACCUCCCACCUCUUAAUUAUUUUUGAUUUCUCUUGUGUGUUUACCUAGUUUCUCCUUAAAUACAAAAUGCUACUUGCCUCAACUAACAGUCUUUGGAUGAAGAAGGUUCUCCUGAAUUCCCAGUGAAUUUCCCUGUGCAGUAACUACUGUUUUACUUAGCUAUAUUUGUGGUCUGUCCCACAACCAAACAUAGCUACCCUGUCAAGUCUCUUGAAUACUUUUACAGCAUUAGGUUCUAGAGCAAACAGCAGUUAUUAUAUAGAUCCCGAGGGCAUCCUAGUAAACAGGAGGCUGAGUUUCACAAUAUUUUUGUCUAUGGUGUUUUUUCCUUUGAUUGUAAAAACUUUUUUUCAAUAUCAGCAUUUAUCAUUAAACUGAACUUUUUAAACUACAUUCGCACUGCUGGUAACUAUUAGCAAUUUGGAAGUGUAAAUCAUAUUUUCCUAGGUAAAUGGGUGAAGUGAAAUGUCAAAGCAACUUAUGAUGAUUCUUAAUGGUUAUACAAAAAUUAAUAUUUUAGUACUUAAGAUAAAUUUCUUAAUCCAUUCCAUUAUUACCACUUUGAGAAUUCUGAAAAGUUGUAGCAUUAGAUUUGUAUCUUUGCAAAAUUUAAAGAUUUGUGUGCCUUCCAGCAAAAUAUUCAAGUCAAUUUUGAUUUUUGAUUGUUAAUUGAAAAUAAAUAUAUUGAGUCUCCCCCCUUUAGAUGUAUUCGAGAAUAGCAAAUGUUAUGCUGUCACCUGAAGCAUUUUUAUUAAAAUACUUCUAAAUUGCAUGUUUGAUGUCAACUAAAUAGGUUAAAAGUUUGAAAACUGAGUAUGUUGAAGGAUGUACUCUUUUAAUCAAAGCAUGUGUUGACUUACAGCAUCUUCAGUGCCAGAAUAUUCAUUCAAACUAUUGUACUCCUUAUUGGAAAAUCUGAAAUGUUCUUGUUCUUAUAUAAAUUGUAUUGUUUUAUGGAAGCUCUAAUUCUACUUCUGUAUGUAUUUUCUUAAAUUACAAAUGCUUUUAAUGUCUUCGAAGAAGACAGUUAUUGACCUGUAUCAGUCUUGUAUGAGAUAUGUAUAUUAUUGUCUAUAUUAUAAAGUUUAUUUUAGAGUUAUUCAUAAUCUCAGAACAAUUAAUCAUGUAAACUUACCAAAAUCCUUUUAAUUCAUGUAAACCAUUAUUAAAACAUUAAAAAAAUAGAACUGAA